CAGUACAAAAAUAAACAAAAUAUUCUAGGAUUUUGUAAGGUUUAAACUAGACUUAUUAAUAAUUUUUAAUUAGUUUAAAUGUUUAGUUUAUAUUGAACUUUAUAGGAUGAAGAUAUUCCUACUACUGAAACAGUGUACACAUCGGCUUAUAAGACAGUUCAGUGACGCCAUGUCCAAGCACAGGGUAGCCGUGUGUCAGAUGACAUCCGUGGCCGAUAAGGCUGCCAACUUGAAGUGUGUCAGUAAACUAGUCAGCGAUGCUUCCAAGGAAAAUGUUAAGAUGAUAUUCUUCCCAGAAGCCUGCGAUUACAUUUGUGACAACAAGCAAGACACGUUAAAGUCCGCCGAGCCUAUUGUAGGUGGCAGCACUGUCGACAGCUACAGACAGCUAGCCGUCAAACACAAUGUGUGGUUGUCUAUGGGAGGACUGCAUGAACAGAACAAAGAAGACCCAACAAAGAUAUACAACACACACAUAAUAAUAAACAACACCGGUGAUAUAGUUCAGCAGUACAGGAAACUGCAUCUCUUCGAUGUUGAGAUCCCGGAGAGGAAUGUGCGGCUGAAGGAAAGCGACUUCUGCAGCCCGGGGCAGCAUAUUGUGGCGCCUGUGGAGACACCUGUCGGGAGCAUAGGCAUGGCUAUAUGCUACGACAUGCGUUUUCCCGAGCUAAGCACAGCGCUGACAGUACUACGAGCGCAGCUCCUAACAUUCCCGUCUGCCUUCACACAAGCUACUGGAGAAGCUCACUGGCACACACUCUUAAGAGCUCGAGCGAUAGAGAAUCAAUGCUACGUAAUAGCCGCCGCGCAAGUGGGUGCACAUAAUACCAAGCGACGGAGCUACGGUCAUGCGCUCUGCGUAGACCCUUGGGGACGGGUGCUGGCUGAUUGUGGGGAGGACACGGGGUUCCAAGUGGCGGAGAUAGAUCUGGACGCGUUGGACGAUGUACGGGGAAAUAUGCCAGUGUUUAGCCAUAGAAGAAAAGACGUAUACUCCCUCUACGCACUGAGCCUCCGCACUGCCGGCCUCCAGCCCCCCUCCCCCUCCCCCGCGCCGCGCACCCCCCCGCCCGCGGGCCCCUCGAGACAAUUCGGUCACGUGAGCGUACCCGAGACAUGCGUCUUCUAUACCAGCGAGUUGAGUUACGCUUUCGUUAAUCUGAGAUGUGUGACGCCGGGGCACGUACUGGUGGCGCCGAAGCGGUGUGCUGAGCGCCAGGAAGACCUCACAGAUGAGGAGGCUCAAGAUUUCUACAGCACCAUACGAAGAGUGCAAAAGUUAAUGGAGAAAGUCCACAACACAGAAUCGUGUACGGUAACGAUACAAGACGGGCCGGACGCGGGACAAACUGUUAAGCACCUACACUGCCACAUAAUGCCACGGAAAAGGGGGGAUUUCAUACAAAACGAUCUCAUAUACCUGGAGCUCGCCAAACACGACCAGUUCUCAUCAACCCAUCCGGCAAAGCCGCCGCGUAGUCUACAAGAAAUGGAGACCGAAGCCGCGUCACUGAGGGAAUUCCUACUCACUUUCGACGCUAAUUGAGAAAUUUACUACUUUUAAGUAUCUUAAGAGGAAACGGUAGUGAAAAUGCUAAAAUGGAAAGAAGCCCCCCUUUCAACUUGGGAAUUUUAGUUAAAUAGAAAAUUGUCCAUUAAGAACAACUCAGUCAAAAGAUAUUUCAAAAAAAUCUUUAAAAUCGA